GGCAGGAGAGGGGAAAGUAAAAGUAAUAAAAAAUUGUACACAUUUGCAUGCACUUAAUUAAACAUAACACAAUAUUUAUAUGCAUAUUAUAUGUACAGUGUGCAUAUAAUACACACAUGUAUAUACAUAUUUGUAUACAUAUAAUACACAUGUAUAUGCGUACUUAUAUCCAUUUAUAUAAAAUGAAGUAUGCCAAAUUUGGAUGUGCAGAUACCCUUUAGUAAGUCUUAAUAGAGAUGCAUCAGUCAGAACCUUGAUGAUUUGGGGGCUUCUGCACCCAAGUUUUAUAGCUGAUCUUCGCAGUGGCCCUGGCAGCAGUAUUUCCACAUUAGAAACCCUGGUCCUGCUCCUAGCAUGCCGGUAUCCCCAGGAACAUCCUUUAUAGCAGAACUGACAUUUCAGUUUAUAGCUAAGAUCCCCGUUAGUGCAUACUUAGCUUCUGACUGACCUUGUCUUUCAGGCAGAGGACCCAGGAGAAGCCUACCGCAGGCCUAAGAGCGACUCUGUGAGCUGGCAGCGCCCUGGCUGAGAGGGCAAUGAAGCAGGCAAACACUAAGGCUGCCAAUGAGUGAGUCCUGUUGCGCUCAUCAGCUCAUGAAGCAGGUGAACGAAUAGGCAAACCACGAUCAACUCAGACAGGAGGACCGCAGCCGUGGAAAGCAAAGAGCUAUGUAGGCAGUAACAUAUAGAGAAAAGAUACGGCAGAGAUCUAAGCGAAAAAAGCCGCUCUGAAAAGACUACGUGGUCUGUGAGUCCAAACCCAAGAUUGGGGGAGAAAUAAAGACUCUGCCGAGAGUUAAAAGUUGACGGCUGCCGUGGGCUAGAGGAGAGGAACGGGUGGAAUAGCCAGAGCAGGGCGCCACUAGGUACUGGAAUGACCCUUUAAUGGUGCCGCAGUAGAGAAAACAUGCAGUGUGAAUUCGCCGCAAUCCAUAAAGCGUACACAGAGAGUGACUCCUGACGUAACCCCGGGGUGGGUCCCGAGGCAUGGUGACGUGUCAAGGUAGCUCAUCAGCCGUAACCAGUGCCCCACUGUUACAUGGCAGUGCUGACUGUGAGGACUUCGUGCGUGCGCGGGAGUAGAUGGGGUGGGAAUCUGCACUUUCCACUGAGUUUAAUGUGAACAUGUUUUGGGACGUCCAGCUGAAUGUUGCAGUAAAAUAAAGUAAGUCUCUCUUGCAUUACUACUCUGAACUCUAGUCUCCGGGGAUUUAUUAUUUGACCUCACAAUUUUUAAGGCCCCUUUGCCUAAUUCAAAAUUGUCAAAAUGUCUUACCUAACUGACAAAUUUCAUAUUUUUACCUUUGAUGUGUCUGUCCUAAUCUAGCAUUUUGGUUUUACCUUUCUACUCUUAAACCAGACUUUCCAAGAAGCCUUUUCAUAAAGAACAUUUGUAUUAUUAGCAGUAACUGGCAUAGCAGUACCAAUGGCCAAGACGGUGCUUAACUUCUAGCAUUUUUCUCAUUUCCUCCACCCCCUUACUAAACAGUCUCCAGGAAUAAUUUCAGGGCUGCUCUCAGAAAUCCUCUUCUUAAAUUCAGCCCUACGUUUUGUUGAGGUUAGGUUAGGCCAGCAGAUGUCUUGCUUAGGAUUUUAAAGGAGAACAUUUAGUCAGGGCUGGCUUACAGUUUUAGAGGUUCAGUCCAUUGUCAUCAUGACGAGAAUCAUGGCAGCAUGCAGGUAGACAUGGUGCUGGAGAGGACCUGAGAGUUCUACAUCUUGGUGCAGAGGCAAAAGAAGAAUAAUACUGUGUCCCAUUGGCUAGACUUGAGCUUCUUAGACCUCAAAGCUCGCCUCUACUGUGACACACUUUCUCCAACAAGGUCACACAUUCACGUGUCACUCCAUAAUGGCCAAGCACUCAAACACAUAAGUGUAUGGGGGCAGCACCACACCUGGCCUGGGAGUGAAGAGACAGAAGCCCUAGAGCUCAAAGUGAGGGAGGCCAACCAAGAUGGCAGCCCCUGAGCUAUUUCCUCACCACUUGGGGGCAGGGAUCAGGGAAGGAGAGAACCUGGGAAACUGGCUUCACCUGUUGACUUACACUUUCCCACAGCAUGUAAUGGGUGUCUUUGUUUUUAUUAAACACAAUCCUAGAUGGUGCCGUGAGUAAAUGGGCCGGGAUAGUGAGCCAUAUUGCUUUUGCCUUUUUUCGAAGUGCAUUCUGGACUCCACUCCUAGGAGAGAUGGUGGAAUUACUGGCGGAACGUUCUAGAGAGGGGAAGAGAGUCACAGAGGACUAAAGAGAACCCAAGGCUGAGGUGUCUCAUGUGUGCUUUGCCCAAAUGAGGAGAAGAAUGGUUCUGAAUUCCUCUCCUCUCUGGUAAUAGUCAUAAAGGGGGAGAGGGACCGGGGAGUAAGUUCAGUGGUAGAUCCUUGGCCUUGCAUCAGUAUAGCCCUGGUUUGCUACCCAGCAUCACCUACAUACAGAACGGGCGAUAGGGGAAGAUCAAACUCCUCUAUUUCUGAGCCGUAAGUAUGAAGAGAUAAAGAGAACUGUCAAGUAAUCCAAGCAAUGGUUGCAUAUGUAUACGGUUAUGGGUGGGAGGGUGUGCACUCGUAUGGGGGUGAGAGAUAUCAUUCCUCAGGGGCAAUCCUCAUCUUUAUGUUGAUACAGGGUCAAUCAUUGCCCUGCAAUUUGCCAAGUAGGCUAGACCACUGGCCAGCUAGCCCCAGCAACCAGCCUCCCCACUGCUGGGAUGACGGACUGGCCUGACUGGGAUUAGAGCUACCUUGCCUGUCUGCUUCUUAACUUCUUUUUUCAUGUAGGCUCUGGGACUGGAACUCAGGACCUCAUGCCUUCAAGGCAAGAAUUUCACAGGCUGAGCCAUCUACUCGGCCCACCAGUUAAUAAUUUCUUAUUGCCAAUGGCUUUGCCUUCUAACACCGAUAGAGGUUUGGAAGCACCCAGGUCUGGGAUGCCUGCCACAAACAAGGAGCACACCUAUCUGUGUGUGUCACCAGUUGGCGAUAAGCCUUACUAGAUGCAGGGAAAGGGUCCUAAAAAGGCCAUGGCCACCUUGCAGCUUCUGCAGGCCUUUGAGAACAUUCUCCUGGCUCCUUCCCAUUCCUAGGAAGGCUGUUUCCAGAGUAGCCAAGCAGUAGCUGGGAGGACGGAGUGCAGCUAUGACAGCAUCGGUUUACAAGCCUUUGGAAUGAAAGGGAUCAAUCUCAUUAUUCCCUGUUGUACGUUCAGAGGAGAAGUAGGUGAUGAUCUGAGGAUGAACCAUUGUGGAAGUGAGCACCUUAGUCACCCAAGACCUCACAAGCUAGGGUUCUGUUACCACACAUCAAGCUGAAGGUGGUUUGGAAGAUGCAGCCCUCCAGUGGCUUUCGGGUCAAAACAUGGAAUUCAUCAAAAAUAUUUUCCUGAGCAGCUCUCUGCUCCCAAACCCCGUGGGAGAGAGACCUCACCGCCUGGUCAGGUGGGCACUCCUGAGGCUGCAGAGCGGAGGAGACCACCAACACUGCCCACCCCUGCCCACAUCCCUGGCCCAAGAGGAAACUGUAUAAGGCCUCUGAGUUCCCGUAGGGGAGGGCCCAGGAGCGGCAGGACCCCUGCGCCUGAGACACCGCCGGAACCUGAAGGAAACAGACCGGAUAAACAUUUCUCUGCACCCAAAUCCCGUGGGAGGGAGAGCUAAACCUACAGAGAGGCAGACACGCCUGGGAAACCAGAAGAGACUGCACUCUGCGCACAUCCAGACGCCAGAGGAAAACACCAAACGCCAUCUGGAACCCUGGUGCAUGGAGGCUCCCGGAAAGAGCGGCGCUGAUCUUCUCGGUUGCUACCGCCGCGGAGAGGACUUAGGCAGUACCCCACGAGCACACUUGAGCCUCGGAACCUCAGGUAGGACCAACUUUUCCCCUGCAAGAAACCUGCCUGGUGAACUCAAGACACAGGCCCACAGGAACAGCUGAAGACCUGUAGAGAGGAAAAACUACACGCCCGAAAGCAGAACACUCUGUCCCCAUAACUGGCUGAAAGAAAACAGGAAAACAGGUCUACAGCACUCCUGAUGCACAGGCUUAUAGGACAGUCUAGCCACUGUCAGAAAUAGCAGAACAAAGCAACUCUAGAGAUAAUCUGAUGGCGAGAGGCAAGCGCACGAACCCAAGCAACAGAAACCAAGACUACAUGGCAUCAUCGGAGCCCAAUUCUCCCACCAAAAAAAAACAUGGAAUAUCCAAACACACCAGAAAAGCAAGAUCUAGUUUCAAAAUCAUAUUUGAUCAUGAUGCUGGAGGACUUCAAGAAAGACGUGAAGAACUCCCUUAGAGAACAAGUAGAAGCCUACAGAGAGGAAUCGCAAAAAUGCCUGAAAGAAUUCCAGGAAAACAUAAAUAAACAAGUAGAAACCCAUAGAGAGGAGACACAAAAAUCCCUGAAAGAAUUCCAGGAAAACACAAUCAAACAGUUGAAGGAAUUAAAAAUGGAAAUAGAAGCAAUCAAGAAAGAACACAUGGAAACAUCCCUGGAUAUAGAAAAUCAAAAGAAGAGACAAGGAGCUGUAGAUAGAAGCUUCACCAACAGAAUACAAGAGAUGGAAGAGAGAAUCUGGGGAGCAGAAGAUUCCCUAGAAAUCAUUGACUCAACUGUCAAAGAUAAUGUAAAGCAGAAAAGCUACUGGUCCAAAACAUACAGGAAAUCCAGGACUCAAUGAGAAGAUCAAACCUAAGGAUAAUAGGUAUAGAAGAGAGUGAAGACUCCCAGCUCAAAGGACCAGUAAAUAUCUUCAACAAAAUCAUAGAAGAAAACUUCCCUAACCUAAAAAAAGAGAUAUCCAUAGGCAUACAAGAAGCCUACAGAACUCCAAGUAGAUUGGACCAGAAAAGAAACACCUCCCGUCACAUAAUAGUCAAAACACCAAACGCACAAAAUAAAGAAAGAAUAUUAAAAGCAGUAAGGGAAAAAGGUCAAGUAACAUAUAAAGGCAGACCUAUCAGAAUCACACCAGACUUUUCGCCAGAAACUAUGAAGGCCAGAAGAUCCUGGACAG